GCUGGGGAUUAAAACACAGCGAGCAGGGUCAGGAAGGAGACUGGAUGCGGGCGAACGGGUGGCGCGCGCCCAAGUUCCCCAUUGGCGCGCAAACUUAAGCUACUGCUACGCGGGUAGGGUAGUGGCGACAGGGCUAGUGAGUGUUUGCAGAGGCGUGGCCGGCGUAGCUGACAAAAGUGCCCUGUCUUCGUUUCCCUGUUGGUCUGCAGACUGAAAGCAGCGGAGCGGCUACCGGGACUCCCACUGGAGCAAGCUGUAACAUGCAUCCCCCGGCAAGUCAGUGCGGACGCGCCUUGGUGGCGCUGCUGCUGGCCUGUGGCUUGUUGGAAGUUUGGGGAGAGGAAAGAGGAUUCCCACCUGCCCAAGCCACACCGUCUCUUCUGGGGACUAGAGAGGUAAUGAUGCCACCCACCAAGACCUCCUGGGCGAGGGGUUCCAACUCCAGUCUGACGCGUUCCUCAGCACCUGCGGAGGUGACCAAAGGAGGGAGGGUGGCUGGAGUCCCGCCAAGAUCCUUCCCUCCUCCAUGCCAGCGAAAUACUGAGAUCAGCAAGACUUUUAAAUACAUCAACACGAUUGUGUCCUGCCUCGUGUUCGUGCUGGGCAUCAUCGGGAACUCCACGCUGCUGAGGAUCAUCUACAAGAACAAGUGUAUGCGAAAUGGUCCCAAUAUCCUGAUCGCCAGUCUGGCUCUGGGAGACCUACUACACAUCAUCAUCGACAUCCCCAUUAAUGUCUACAAGCUGCUUGCAGAAGAUUGGCCAUUUGGAGCUGAGAUGUGUAAGCUGGUGCCCUUCAUACAGAAGGCUUCUGUGGGAAUCACUGUGCUAAGUCUAUGUGCUCUAAGUAUUGACAGAUAUCGAGCUGUUGCUUCUUGGAGUCGAAUUAAAGGAAUUGGGGUUCCAAAAUGGACAGCAGUAGAAAUUGUUUUAAUUUGGGUUGUCUCUGUGGUUCUGGCUGUCCCUGAAGCCAUAGGUUUUGAUAUGAUUACGACAGACUACAAAGGAAAGUCUCUAAGGGUCUGCCUGCUUCAUCCAGUUCAGAAAACAGCCUUCAUGCAGUUCUACAGGACAGCCAAAGAUUGGUGGCUGUUCAGUUUCUACUUCUGCUUGCCACUAGCCAUCACGGCAAUCUUUUAUACCUUGAUGACCUGUGAGAUGCUGAGGAAGAAGAGUGGCAUGCAAAUCGCUUUAAAUGAUCACUUAAAGCAGAGACGAGAAGUGGCCAAAACCGUGUUCUGCCUGGUCCUCGUUUUUGCUCUCUGUUGGCUUCCCCUACACCUCAGCAGGAUUCUGAAGCUCACUCUUUAUGACCAGAGUGACCCUCACAGAUGUGAACUUUUGAGUUUUUUGUUGGUCUUGGACUACAUUGGUAUCAACAUGGCUUCUUUGAAUUCCUGCAUUAACCCAAUCGCUCUGUAUUUGGUGAGCAAAAGAUUCAAAAACUGCUUUAAGUCCUGCUUGUGUUGCUGGUGCCAAACGUUUGAGGAAAAGCAGUCCUUGGAGGAAAAGCAGUCCUGUUUGAAGUUCAAAGCUAACGAUCACGGAUAUGACAACUUCCGUUCCAGCAAUAAAUACAGCUCAUCUUGAAGGAAAGAAUAUUCGCUUAAUCUCAUUAUCCUUACUUUGAACAGAUAUCAUUAGAACAAAACUGAAACCUUUGCCAAAUCAAAUGGAGAACUGUUUGCAGAAAGGCAUGCAGAAAUGUAAGAGGGAUUAUUUUUAACGGUUGUAACUUUUAACGCCUGAUAUUUCAUGAGCUGUUUACAGCCUAAGAAAGCAAUGAAAAUGGAUGAAGCCUCUGUGGGAAAGCACUUAGAGUUUAGCCAGCACUUCAACACAGCUCUUACAAGCUCCCACUGUAUUUGUAUGCCACUUACAUUUAAAGAACAAGUUCACUGCAAACAUCUGUUCAGGGAUUUAGCAUCCAGUCAUAUGAACCAGAGAAAAGUAUGGCAUUGAAAAAAAAAAGUUUAAAAUAAACUUUCAAUUACUCAAUUUGAGACUUU